AUGCAGGAGGAAGACUACGAGGUUCUGCGCAACGAGGCCAAUGCGAAUCCAGAAGUCUAUUCAACAUGGGAUCCCAAUCGCCAGUUUCGCGAGCAGUACCACCAGCGCCACAUGCACGACCAGACUCUUGCUGAGCGUGAGCGCAACAUUGCAGCCCAUGAGCGUGGAGAGCGCAGAGCGAGCGAGUCGCUAGCUCCACGCGAGGAAGAAGCAACACCUGUGAGAGAGGAAGUAGAGGAAGUCGCAUCGCCUCUGUCACGCCACAGCACAUCCUCUACCUCGACUACGAGCUCUACAAGCUCGGCCUCGACACAUGGCGCCCGCCUCGAGGAAAUCCGUACCGCACAUUCGACGCCCGCACGCGAUCGCCGACCGACUGUCAAUUCGCAGACCUCGAGCGCAAACUACCUCACCCUGCACCCUACCGAACGUCACCCUGAAGCCAUCCGCCGCAUAGAAACACAUCGCAGCCAGCAUGCAGGCACCGUUGGAGCCUCUCCAUCCGAUUCACGUUUGUCCAGAACCCUCACACGACGUCGCACCGAGAAGCCCCUGCCCAACCUUGGAGCUGGCAAGCCGUUUCCUCCGCCUCUGCCCGACAGGGAAGAAUAUGUCGUCGAGUUUGAUGGCGUAGAUGACCCACUACACCCGCAAAAUUGGCCCAUGAAGAAGAAGCUAGGAAUCGGUGCUAUGCUGGCUUUUGAUGCGCUCGCUGCCACCAUGGGCUCCAGCAUCUUUUCAGCUGCAACAAUUCCCGUCUCUCGCCAGUUUGGUGUCGCAAACGUUGUAGGCACGCUGGGUACGAGUUUGUUCGUCUUUGGAUAUGCCUUUGGACCUUUGAUGUGGGCACCUUUCUCCGAGCUAUACGGCCGAAAACCUCCUCUCAUCAUCGCCGCCCUUGGAUUCGCCAUCUUCAGCAUCGCUGUCGCCGUAGCCAAAGAUCUCCAAACCAUUAUGAUUUCCCGUUUUUUCGCCGGUCUCUUUGGAUCAUCACCACUGGCCAUUGUCGCAGCUGUCUUCGCCGACAUGUUUGACAACCGGCUCCGUGGUCUAGCUGUCGCCGUCUUUUCUGCCACGGUUUUCAUGGGUCCUUUACUUGCCCCGUUUAUCGGUGGCUUCAUUACGCAAAGCUACCUUGGAUGGAGGUGGACCGAAUACGUUUCGAGUUUCAUGGGAUUCCUGGCGUUUGCGUUACUGUUGUUCUUCUUGGAAGAGACGUACCCACCCGUCAUACUCAUCAACAAGGCAAGCGAGCUCCGACGUCGAACAAAGAACUGGGGUAUACACGCAAAGCAAGAGGAGAUUGAGGUUGAUUUUAAGGAGUUGAUUAUUAAAAACGUCAGCAGGCCCAUGCGCAUCCUGUUCACAGAGCCCAUCGUCUUACUCAUCACCAUUUACAUGAGCUUUAUCUAUGGCCUGCUCUACCUCUUCCUGACUGCCUAUGCUCUCGUCUUCCAACGUGUGUAUGGCUGGAGUGCUGGCAUCGGAGGCCUCGCGUACUUUGGUAUGGUCGCUGGUGAAAUCAUUGCUUUUAUCGUAGUCGUAUGUGACAACCCACGAUACGCCAAGAAGCUGGCUGCAAACAACAAUAUUCCUGUCCCAGAGUGGCGUUUACCAAUUGCCAUGGUCGGCGGCGUCCUCUUUUCUGCCGGCCUCUUCUGGUUUGGUUGGUCAGGUUACACUGGUAAUGUCCACUGGAUUGUUCCCGUCCUUUCUGGUCUCUUUACCGGAUUCGGAAUCUUCUCUAUCUUCCUCUCUUUGCUCAACUACAUUGUGGACGCCUAUCUCAUGUUCGCUGCUUCAGCCAUUGCCGCAAACACGUUUAUGCGCUCCAUGUUUGGAGGCGUAUUUCCCCUUUUCGCUACCUUCAUGUUUGAGGGCAUGGGCAUCGAGUGGGCAAGCACACUACUUGGAUGUGUAGCCGCAGUGUUGGUACCCAUGCCUAUAUUCUUUUACUUGUAUGGAAAGAGGAUCCGAGCCAAGAGCAAGUUUGCACCGGCGCCGGAUAUCGUCCAAGACAGAAAGAGAGACGAAGAGAGCAAAGGAUCAGAAGUGGCUGAGAGUGGAGAGACGACAGAACGGGAGAGUAUGAACGGCGAAAACGGAGGACUGCACCAGGAGAAGAGCAAGGAACAGUAA